UUUAAAUUAUGAUUUUCUUUGAUAUUUAAAUAGAUUGCAACAAUUAGAUAGAUGCGUUGGUUGAAGUCACUCUCCACUCAUUUACAAAUGAUUGCAACUCAGUGAUUAGUAAGAAACAAGAAUCUAUGGCGUCAGUUAUAUGCAUGUUAUCCAGACAUUUGAGGUUGUAGUUUUCAUGUUGUUUGCGUCUGUCCCAGAGUAGACAUAGCCUGUCCGUCUGCUCAUUCUCCUUUCUUGUCACUUCUCCAAGUACCAUAAAGCGGCAGGCUUAGGAGCUUUAGAAGAAGAGAUGGAGGCGAAGCAGAGUUCACCACCGCCGCUGCCGUCAGCUGGGGAUGACUGCCUAGUCUUUAAGGUCAAUGGGGAGAGGUUUGAAGUCACGGAGAUUGACCCAUCAACUACUUUGCUGGAGUUUUUGCGCUCCAAGACCCGUUUCAAGAGUGUCAAGCUUGGUUGUGGUGAAGGUGGUUGUGGGGCUUGCGUUGUGCUGCUGUCGAAGUAUGAUACUGUGAAUAAGAAGGUUGAGAAUUUCACUGUGAGUUCAUGUCUUACACUUCUUUGCAGCAUAAAUGGCUGUUCAGUUACAACAAGUGAAGGCCUUGGGAACAGUAAAGACGGCUUCCAUCCAAUCCAUCAAAGAUUUGCCGGAUUCCAUGCUUCGCAGUGUGGCUUUUGCACUCCCGGAAUGUGCAUGUCACUUUUCUCAGCUCUUGCCAAUGCUGAGAAAACAAAUCAGCCACAAGCUUCACCUGGAUUCUCCAAGCUGACAGUUUCAGAAGCUGAAAAGGCUAUAGCAGGUAAUCUUUGUCGAUGUACGGGUUAUAGACCAAUAGCUGAUGCCUGCAAAAGUUUUGCUGCAGAUGUUGACAUGGAGGAUUUAGGGAUCAAUUCUUUCUGGAAUAAAGGAGAUAAGAAGGAAAUAAGAUUAAGUAGAUUACCAUCCUAUAAUCCAAAGGAUCAUACGUGUCCAUAUACUGAAGAACUAGAAGAUGAGUACAAGUCCACAAGGCUUUUGAAUUCUGAAAAAAAUUCAUGGUACAGUCCAGUAACUAUUAAGGGACUUCAAAACUUGUUGCACUCUGAUAUGGUUGAAAAUGGUACAAGGAUCAAGCUAGUUGUUGGUAAUACAGGCAAUGGCUAUUACAAAGAAACAGACAUUUAUGGCAAAUAUAUUGAUCUGAGGUACAUCCCCGAGCUUUCAAUGUUCAGAAAAAAUCACUCAGGUAUUGACCUUGGAGCAGCUCUACCAAUUUCCAAAGUUAUAUUAUAUUUGAAGGAAAAAAGUAAAGCCAAUGAAUACUCAAGUGGGGACCUGCUGUUCACCAAAAUUGCUGAUCAUAUGGAAAAGGUCGCUUCAAGCUUCAUUAGGAACUCAGCUAGUCUUGGUGGUAAUUUGGUGAUGGCUCAGAGGAAGUAUUUUCCUUCAGAUAUUGUUACUUUACUUCUUUCUGCAGGUUCAAGUGUCAGCAUACUGACAGGUCAUAAACAUGAAACAAUGACAAUGGAAGAAUUCUUGAGCAGACCACCUUUGGACCCCAAAGAUGUGCUUUUGAGUGUCCACGUUCCUUUUCAUGAACCAACAAGAAUUGAUGGUUCAGUUCAUACUAAUUCGAGGUUGUUUUUUGAGACAUACCGUGCUGCACCACGGCCUCUUGGAAAUGCAUUGCCCUAUUUAAAUGCUGCCUUCUUGGCUGAUAUUUCUUGCGAUAGAAAUGGAAGUUUAGUAAAUAAUAUCCGGCUGGCUUUUGGUGCUUAUGGGACUAAACAUGCGAGACGGGCAAGGAAAGUUGAGGAAUAUCUGACAGGAAAAACUCUUAGUCCCAGAGUUUUGGAUGAAGCAAUUAAAUUGGUAAAAGGUGCUGUGGUAUCUGAAGAAGGGACUUCAUAUGCCGCUUACAGGUCAAGCUUAGCUGUUGGUUUUCUUUUUGAAUUUCUGAACAGCUUGUCCAGUGUUGCUUCUGCAAUAUCUGCUGGUUCGUCUGAGGAAUUGAGUGGUUCAGUUCUGGAAGGAGCUGCAAAAAGUAGCAAUGAUAAAAUUACUCAAACGGGAAAGCCACCGUUGCUGUCAUCUGCAAAACAGGUUAUGCAAUCUAGUAGAGACUAUUAUCCAGUGGGUGAACCAAUGCCCAAGUUUGGUGCUUCCAUCCAAGCUUCUGGUGAGGCCAUGUACGUAGAUGACAUUCCUUCACCCCCAAAUUGUCUGUAUGGAGCAUUUAUUUGUAGCACGAGGCCUGUAGCUCGUGUGAAGAGCAUUUCUUUCAAGUCUAACCAACCAACUGAUGUCAUCUCUGUCAAAGAUAUCCCAAGAGAAGGGGAGAAUAUAGGAUGUAUGGCCAUGUUUGGUUCUGAACCUUUAUUUGCUGAUGAUCUCACUAGGUUUGCUGGUGACCUUAUUGCUUUUGUGGUUGCAGAGACACAAAAGAAUGCCAAUUUGGCUGCAAAAACUGCUCUAGUUGAGUAUGAUACAGAAGGCUUAGAUCCUCCCAUUUUAACUGUUGAAGAGGCUGUGGAAAGAUCAAGUUUCUUUGAUGUUCCUCCUUAUCUAUAUCCUCAAGAAGUUGGUGAUUUUUCAAAAGGAAUGGCUGAAGCUGAUCACAAGAUUCUCUCCGCUAAGAUAAAACUAGGUUCACAAUACUACUUUUAUAUGGAGACACAAACUGCACUUGCAAUUCCCGAUGAGGACAACUGCAUGGUAGUUUACAGUUCAAUUCAAUGCCCUGAGUUUGCACAUAGAGUGAUUGCAAGAUGCCUUGGUGUUCCUGAGCAUAAUGUCCGUGUUCUUACAAGAAGAGUUGGUGGAGGUUUUGGUGGAAAGGCACUAAGAGCAAUGCCGAUUGCUACAGCAUGUGCUCUUGCAGCUCAUAAAUUACGGCGUCCAGUCAGAAUUUAUCUAGAUAGAAAAACUGACAUGAUAAUAGCAGGAGGAAGACAUCCAAUGAAAAUAACUUACAGUGUUGGAUUCAAAUCCGACGGGAAGAUCACAGCUCUGCACCUCGACAUAUUGAUAAAUGCAGGGAUAACUGCAGAUAUAAGCCCCACAAUGCCGAGUAACAUGAUGGGUGCACUUAAAAAGUACAACUGGGGAGCUCUAUCUUUCGAUAUUAAAGUAUGUAAGACAAACCAUUCUAGCAAAUCUGCGAUGCGGGCCCCAGGGGAGGUGCAGGGAUCUUUCAUUCCUGAAGCUAUCAUAGAGCAUGUAGCUUCCGUGCUAUCAGUGGAAGUCGAUUCUGUGAGGAAUAGAAAUCUUCACACAUACGAAAGCCUAAAAUUGUUCUACGGGAGUGCUUCUGGGGAAUCCAUAGAGUUUACUUUACCUUCUAUAUGGGACAAGGUGGGACAAUCAUCAAGCUUUGAUGAAAGGAUUUCUAUGGUAGAACAGUUUAACCACUCUAAUAUAUGGCAUAAAAGGGGAAUUUCUCGAGUGCCAAUUGUGCAUGAAGUGUUUGUAAGAUCAGCCCCUGGGAAAGUAAGUAUACUUUGGGAUGGAUCUAUUGUUGUAGAAGUGGGGGGAAUAGAACUGGGACAGGGGCUCUGGACGAAGGUUAAACAAGUGACGGCUUAUGCUCUCAGUUCAAUACACUGUGAUGGAAUCGAAGACUUAGUAGAGAAAGUGCGAGUCGUACAGGCAGACACCUUGAGCUUAGUACAAGGAGGCUUUACUGCUGGAAGCACAACAUCUGAAUCGAGUUGCGAAGCUGUUAGGCUAUGCUGCAAUAUCUUGGUUGAAAGAUUAGCCCCCCUUAAGGAAAAGCUUCAGGAGCAAAUGGGUUCUGUGAAAUGGGAUGUUCUGAUUCUCCAGGCACAUUACAAAAGUGUAAACUUAGCAGCACAUUCAUUCUUCGUUCCCGACUCCAGUUCAACAAAAUACUUGAACUAUGGUGCUGCAGUAAGCGAGGUAGAGGUAAAUAUCCUAUCAGGAGAAACCAGAAUACUGAGAACAGAUAUUGUGUACGAUUGUGGCCAGAGCAUGAAUCCGGCAGUGGAUUUGGGACAGAUUGAAGGGGCUUUUGUACAAGGACUUGGAUUUUUCAUGCUUGAAGAAUAUCUGACUAAUUCCGAUGGAUUGGUGAUCGCGGAUGGCACAUGGACAUAUAAGAUCCCGACUAUUGACACUAUUCCGAAAGAAUUCAAUGUUGAAGUGCUCAACAGUGGACAUCACCAGAAACGUAUUCUCUCAUCCAAGGCUUCUGGUGAACCCCCACUACUCCUGGCAGCAUCAGUUCACUGCGCCACAAGAGCAGCCAUUAAAGAGGCAAGGAAACAGCUUAAGUCUUGGGGAGCUAUGGAGGCUACCGAUCCAACGUUCCAGGUUGACGUUCCUGCUACGAUGCCUGUUGUUAAGCAACUCUGCGGGCUGAAUAACGUGGAGACGUACUUGCAGAGCUUGCUCUCUAAGUCAUGAAGCUAAUCGUUGUUUCUAUAGUUUUGCCUGUGGAACUCGAUGGAUUAACUGACAACUGCAAGACGAGGUUACAGUAUUUGUGUGUGUUGAAAUCUUGAAAUGAACACUUCAGUUGAUAAACGUAUUUGUUAGAAGAAUGUCGGGAAGGAAGUUCAUCUUGCUGUUGUACAUUUGGAAAUAAAAGAUAGGAAGAAAUCAAACAGUGGAAUGGAGUUUGUGUUACAGCUGAAGAAAGCAGCAAAUAAAACCUCAUAUCGUCUCUCACUUCCGUAGCUAACUUUUGAGAUAAGUGUUCUUCAAAGUUCAUAUCAAAUGGUACAAGAACCAUCCGCUACUCCUCCCAGUUGCAAUCGUGAGGCAUGGAUGGUGACGGUGGUAUUGCAGAGUCCGACUAGGACUGGAUUAGACUAGCGCACGCUUGUCUAAGUGGAUGUUAGUGCAGGUAUUGCAGUG